ACCGAAUUUAAAAACCACAUUUCUCUGCCACAAGCAAUAUCUCAAGUCCUUCUUCUUCCACUCGCAUCUCUUCUCUUCCACAUAAUAACAUGGCCAAACUAGCAUCAACAAAUCUUGUGCAAGAUUCAAUGAAACCCUACAAACCCAAAGAAUAUUACCCUAAAAAUGCCAAGGGCAUGUCCUUCUUGGCCUUUUUCUUCUCCAUAUGUAUUUACAUUUCCAUCUUCUACAUCUUCAACCUCUCUCUCUCCACUCUCUUCCGCAACACCAAGUUCUGGUUUGCCAUAUCCAACACUCUCAUCCUCAUCAUUGCAGCUGACUACGGCGCCUUCUCUUCCUCCAAAGACAAUAAACAAGACCAACAUCUUUCCCAAGAGUACAUGAUCCACCGCCAAGCUCGAAGUGUUUCCUCAUUUGUUUCUCAAUACCCUGAAAUAGCUUUCAAGAAAAGCAGCUGUCCCAAUAAGCAAUCAGAGGUGGAGGUGGACGACAUGAGAGCAAAGAAUGAAGAAGUGGCAGACACUCAAAAUAAAGUUGUCCAAGAAAAGAGUGUCGUCCACGUGUCGAAAGGCGAUGAUCAGAACAAAGGUUGCGACAGAGAAAAUGUUGCAGCAAAAACUUACCAGCGAAGUAAGUCUGAGAAAACAAAGACAAAGAGAGCUGUGAUCGAUGAGAGGAAGAAGGAUAUUUUGAGGAGGUCAGAUGAUGAGAAGAAGUACGAGCCAAAUACUGUUGAAGACAAUGAAUUUUCGGUCUUGUCAGAUGAAGAACUAAACAGGAGAGUUGAAGAAUUUAUUCAGAGGUUUAACAAGCAGAUUAGGCGUCAAUCAGCAGCUACAAAUUAAAGUUCCACCAAGUCUCUAGAAGUUAAUGUUCCAUGCAUAUAUGGAAUAUGAAAGAGAGUUCAUCUUCCAAAAAUUUUGUUUUUGUUUUUGUUUUUUUGUUUUAGCUCUCAAAUAAAUAUGUAAAUACUCUGGACUUCAUGUUUAGUAUGAAUAUUUUCA